AUGGUGGAGCGGAUCCCAUGUGAAUUUAAAAAAUAUCGGCCUGUGGUCCCUAUCCUUAUUGUGAGUAAUGAGUUGAGUUUGGCCAAAUCUUCAUCCCAUAAAGAUAUACGAAUUGCUGCUCUUCAAGCUGCUAAAUUUGCACCACCAUUAAUGGAAUUAUCUCCUCGUUCUUCCUCUAAUAAUUCACUGAAUUCUUCGAAUCUAUCGAGGGAAAAUCUCAAAAUAGAACCUCCCAAUACGUGGGCUGAUUCAUCCAAUAUUGAAAUCGAGUUCUUGGACGAGGAAGCGAUGUUUAACAUGCCAGGAUUGCUCGACAGCAUGGCGGAGGGGAUGCUUCUGACUCCACCAGCUAUGAAGAAUGGAUUUAGUUGGAGUAAUGAUGUUGAAAAUUAUAGUGAUUUCACUUUGUGGAGAGAUUGA